UGCUGCUUUCCUUUCAGUGUGGCGAUGGAUCCGUGCUUGUGCCUUGUGUGACAUAAUUCCUCGGAAUUGCAGAGGCUGCAGUUUAUGAAAUCGCGUCAACUAGGGAAGGCGUCUGGAUGAUCGUGUUGACUAUGGCAAGGUUACUGCGCAAAUUCGAAGCUCCAGCUCGUGGUGUCCUGUGCCGCUCUUGUUUUUCUGAAUCGCGGCGUUAUGUGACGGAUGCGAAGGUCCACGGCACGGGUUUUCUGACGGAGAGGGUUUGGGAUGCAGUAAUUGUGGGUGGAGGUCACAAUGGCCUUACAGCAGCUGCCUACCUUGCUCGAGCUGGAUUGCAGGUGGCAGUGCUCGAAAGACGUCACGUUCUUGGAGGUGCAGCAGUUACCGAAGAGAUUGUUCCUGGGUUUAAGUUCUCUAGAGCUAGCUAUCUUCAAAGUCUGCUGCGACCCGGUAUUAUACAAGAGCUGGAUUUGACAAGACAUGGACUUAAGCUGCUUCCAAGGAACCCGUCUUCCUUUACCCCGACUGUAGAUGGACGUUUCCUUCUCAUGGGCCCUGACUCUAAGCUUAACGAAGCUGAAAUAUCUAAAUUCUCAAAACAUGAUGCAGCAGCUUAUCCUAAGUACGAGCAUAUGCUGGAGAAAUUCUGCUCAGUAAUGGACCCGCUUUUGGAUACAGUGCCUCCAGAAGCAGCGAUGGGUGGAACGUCUUUGGCAGGAAGAAUGGCUGAUGGCUGGUCUAAAUCGAAGGUCUUGGGUAGCUUACUAAAACGCUCCUCAAAAUUGAAGCAGCAUGAAAUCACAUCUUUUAUGGAGCUGCUGCUCGCACCUGCUUCUAAGGUGCUCAAUAAUUGGUUUGAGUCGGAUGUCUUGAAGGCAACUUUGGCAACGGAUGCUGUAAUUGGAGCUAUGGCUAGUGUGCACACCCCCGGCAGUGGAUACGUGCUUUUACAUCACGUAAUGGGAGAAACCAAUGGAUCUCGUGGUAUAUGGUCAUAUGUGCAAGGUGGUAUGGGAGCCGUAUCCACAGCUAUAGCUAAAGCAGCAUCAGAAGCUGGUGCAACCUUAGCUACAAAUGUUGAGGCAAAUCAAUUUCUAAUGGACAGCGAAUCCAGGGUUGGGAAAGAAAUUGCUGGGGUUAUAUUGGUUGACGGGUCAGAGGUACGAGCUAAGCAAGUUCUUUCUAAUGCUACACCUGCUGUCACCUUCUUGAAAUUGAUGCCGGAAAGUGUUUUGGAUGAGGAAUUUUUAACUAGUGUCAAGUCCAUUGACUACAAAUCUGGAACGACAAAAAUAAAUAUUGCAGUAGAUCGCCUACCAAUGUUUCGAGCUUGUUCUCGUACAGACAACACUGCUGGGCCCGAGCAUUGUGGGACCAUCCAUCUUGGUGCUGACUGCAUGGAUGAAAUUGACAUAGCUUACAGGGAGGCGUUACUCGGUCGGGCAUCAUCUAGGCCUUUGAUUGAAAUGACCAUCCCUUCUGUCUUGGAUGAAACAAUAGCUCCUCCUGGCAAACAUGUGAUCAAUUUGUUCAUUCAGUAUACACCUUAUGAUUUGAAAACUGGUAAUUGGCAAGACCAAGAGACUAGGGAUGCCUUUGCAAAGACAUGUUUUGAUUUGAUUGAAGAAUAUGCCCCUGGAUUCUCAAGCUCCAUCAUAGGUUAUGAUAUGCUCACUCCUCCAGACCUGGAACGAGUUUUGGGCCUUACAGGUGGAAAUAUUUUCCAUGGGGCAAUGGGGUUAGAUGCUCUUUUCCUGCUUCGACCUUUAAAAGGCUGGUCUGGGUAUCGAACACCAGUGAAGGGUCUCUACAUGUGUGGUGCGGGUGCACACCCUGGGGGUGGGGUUAUGGGAGCCCCUGGUCGUAAUGCGGCAAGUGUUGUUUUAAAAGAUAUGCAGAAGGGAUAGUUUUUUAUGAUUAUUUUUUAUUUUUUUAUAUGCAUAUGCCAGCGCCUUGUUGUGGUUGCUGGUUGUUAUAAUGAGCCUAUGCAAUACCUUUACCUCAACCCAAGCGCAUCACCUACUUCACCCUCAAUUCUGUCAACUCAUGCUAUGUCGAGCCAUAUUUGCAGUGGAUAAAUGCUGGUUCAAAAAGAAAGAAAUCCUUUUCAGCCACUGCUAAGGGACUUUUUCAAAGGAAUUUUCAUCUGGUAUGAGUAAAGAAUAAAGAUGACAGGCUAUUACAAGCCUUUGUUA